AUGCCCCAGACCCCGAGGACAAGGACUAAGGUGGUAUGGUACUGCCACAAUUGCAGCCACGGGCCGAACAACUACAAAAUCGACGAACACUGCCCCGCUUGCCAUAUGAGGAGAUGCCGUCACUGCACCGUCCAGGAGAUCCGAGUGCGUGUCGACCACUAG